AUGGUGCACACUGCAUACGAUUCUCGCGAAUUGCUCAAUGAUUGUCCGAAGAAGAUCAAUGCCGUCGAAUACUACGGCGCAAAGCUACUCCUCGCUUGCUCCGACGGAUCCCUACAAAUAUAUGGUUCAGAAUCCGCCAAUCGAUCUUCCUCCUCCGAUCGCCUGUAUCAAACGCUGGAACUCAAGAAGGAACUGUACGUGCUUGAAAGAAACGUCAAUGGAUUCUCGAAGAAACAGGUGUGGUCAAUGGAGGUAUUGGCGUCAAGAGAGCUUUUGCUGUCUCUAUCGGAGUCAAUUGCGAUCCAUAGGUUACCCAAUUUGGAGCCGGUAACGGUGAUUUCGAAGGCAAAAGGAGCCAGUGCAUAUUCAUGGGAAGAUCGCAGAGGGUUCUUGUGCUUCGCUAGGCAAAAAAGAGUUUGCAUUUUCAGACACGAUGGAGUGAGGGGAUUCGUGGAGGUGAAAGAAUUUGGUGUUCCAGAUACAGUCAGAUCAAUGUCUUGGUGUGGGGAAAACAUAUGUGUGGGAGUUAGAAGAGAAUACACGAUACUGAAUGCCACAAAUGGUGCACUAUACGAGAUCUUCCCAUGGGGGAGGAUUGCUCCACCUGUAAUGGUGCCUCUUCCAUCGGGAGAACUUCUUCUAGGGAAGGAUAACCUUGGUGUGCUUGUAGACCAAAACGGUAAGCUCAUUCAGGAAGGCAGAAUUUGUUGGUCUGAGCCACCCUCAAGAGUUGUCAUUCAGAAACCAUAUGUUAUUGCACUUUUACCAAAACACAUUGAGAUACGCUCUUUGAGAGUCCCUUACCCACUGAUACAAACUAUUGUUCUACGCAAUGUACGCCAUAUUCAACAAGGAAAUAAUGGGAUUAUCGUUUCCUUAGAAAGAUGUUUAUUUGGAUUGUUCCCUGUUCCUCUUGGUGCACAGAUUGUACAACUGACAGCAUCUGGAAAUUUUGAAGAAGCUUUAGUAUUAUGUAAGAUGCUUCCACCAGAAGAUUCAAGUCUACGAGCCUCAAAAGAGCAAUCAAUCCAUAUCAGAUAUGCACACUAUCUGUUUGAAAACGAUAGCUAUGAAGAAGCCAUGUAUCAUUUUGCAGCAUCUCAAGUGGAAAUAACCUAUGUGCUUUCUUUAUAUCCAUCUAUUGUUCUUCCCAAACCAGUUGACAAAAGUACUGAUAGGCCCAACAUUGUUGGAAAGGCGGCUGCUGAAGGCACAGAGGAAGUUGUUUCAGAUGCUGUGGGCCAGACUACACGUUCCAAGAAAUCAAACAAGGGACGAGUUAAUAUUCCUACUGACUCAGGUGCUAGAGAGAUAGCAGCAAUAUGUGACACUGCACUUCUGCAAGCUUUACUUUUGACUGGUCAAAUUGUUGCUGUUUUGGAAUUACUCAAGGGUUUUAACUACUGUGAUAUGAAGAUAUGUGAGGAGCUGUUGCAGAAAGGAAAUCAUGAUGUUUGUUUGUUAGGGCUUUAUAAAUACAACUCAAUGCAUCGUGAAGCUCUUAAACUUCUUCAUGAAUUAGUGGAGGAUUCCAAAUUAGAUCAACCUAAAAUCACUACCAAGAAUAAGUUCAAACCUGAGAUGAUAAUCGAUUAUCUAAAACCUCUAUGUGGGAUUGAUCAUAUGCUUGUGUUAGAAUUCUCAACAUUUGUUCUUGAAAGUUGUCCUACAAAAACAAUUGAGCUUUUUCUAUCAGGAAAUAUCCCUGCAGAUUUGGUUAAUUCUUACCUAAAACAACAUGCCCCUACCUUACGUGCCACAUAUUUGGAACAAAUGCUCUCAAUGAAUGAAGAUGGGAUCUCACCACAUCUUCAAAAUGAAAUGGUGCAAAUUUAUCUUUCAGAAGUGCUUGAUUGGCAUGCUGACCUCACUGCUCAAAACAAGUGGGAUGAAAAACUGUAUAUUCCACCAAGGAGAAAACUCAUAACUGCAUUACAGGGUAUUUCAGAAUAUAAUCCUGAAGCUUUUUUAAAAAGAAUCCCACCAGAUGCUUUAUAUGAAGAAAGGGCAAUCUUAUUAGGAAAAAUGAAUCAGCAUGAACUCGCAUUAUCCAUAUACGUUCAUAAGCUUCAUCUUCCUGAAUCGGCCCUAUCAUAUUGUGAUCGAGUAUACGAGUUGGGAGGAGCUCAUCAACAAUAUGGAAAAGCUCAAGGAAACAUAUACUUAACUUUGAUGCAAGUUUACAUGAACCCUAGAAAAACAACAAAAAACAUCGAAAAAAGAAUCACGAAUUUGGUAACUUCAUCGAGCACUGGUAAUUUAAAGAGUGCUUGGUCAUCAGUUAGGGGUAAAGGAAAAGGGUUAGGUAAGAAAAUUGUAGAGAUAGAAAGCGCAGAAGAUUCUAGAAUCAAAGCAAGUAGUGGUGAAUCUGGGAGAAGUGAUUAUGAUACAGAUGAACUUAUUGAGGAAAGAAGCUCAACAGUUAUGCUUGAUGAGGUGCUGGAUCUAUUAAGCCAGAGGUGGGACCGGGUUCAUGGAGCAAAAACUGUUAGACUCUUGCCUAAAGAGACUAAGCUACAGAGGUUGUUUCCAUCUCUGGGACCACUCAUGAAGAAGACGAGUGAAUCAUGUCGGAAUUUUCAAGUCAUCAAGAGUUUGAGACAAUGUGAGAACCUACAGGUUAAAGACGAUCUGUAUAAGCAAAGAAAAGGAGAAUUGAAGAUCACGGGUGAUAGUGUAUGCUCCCUUUGCAAUAAAAAGAUUGGAACGAGUGUUUUUGCGGUGUAUCCAAAUGGAAAUACCAUUGUCCACUUUGUUUGUUUUCGAGACUCGCAGAAUAUGAAAGCCACCAGAAAAGGAUCCUUUUUAAGGAAGCGAUAA